UGGAAAUCCACUUUCAAGAUCAGAAAGCAACAAAGAUCCCAUUGAGCACCAAAACAUGCAAAAUGAAAUCAAGAAACAACAACAACAAAUUCAUCGGUGUGAGACAAAGACCUUCCGGAAGAUGGGUUGCCGAGAUUAAAGAUACUACACAGAAGAUUCGGAUGUGGCUUGGUACUUUUGAGACCGCCGAAGAAGCUGCUCGUGCAUAUGACGAAGCCGCCUGCCUUCUUCGUGGCUCAAACACCCGCACAAAUUUCGUCACUCACGUUUCUGCAGACUCCCCACUUGCCUCGCGGAUAAAGAAUAUUCUCAACAGCAAGAAAAUCAUUAAUGCAAAGGAAAUCCCGAAAAGGAGCCAAGAGUCGUCUAUAAGUCAUCAAGAUGUAAUUGAUAGGGAUUAUAGUACUACUACGACAUUGACUUCCACGAGUAGUCCUGCUUAUCAUCAUACCAACACAAGUGAUGCUGCUGAGUCAUUUUCAUAUGUUGUUGAUAAGGUAAAAGAUUGGAGCCAACCGAUUGAUGAUGUUUACAAACCUGAUUUGAGCACUUGUGUGGCUGAGCUUGAUCCGGGGACGGCUCAGUCUGGCUUAGCAUGGGAUUUUGAUGAUUGUGUAGGAGGAGGAGGAACUGAUGAUCGGUUUUCAUAUGCUCAAGAGUUGUUGGAAUUGCCUAAGAAUGUGAACCUUAUUAUCAAUGAGAAUUCGGACAUGGAGUUGUCGGAAUUUGAGAGAAUGAAGGUUGAAAGACAAAUAUCAGCAUCGCUAUAUGCAAUAAACGGUCUUCACGAGUACAUGGAGACAGUGUAUGAUCCUAGUGAAGCCUUUUGGGAUCUUCCUCCACUAUGUCCCCUGUUAAGCUAGACUAGACUAGACCAAUCAUUUUCUG